AACGUGAUGAAGAGUAGAAGCUCCUAGAAACUGUCUUCAUUCUUCUUCGAUCCACCUCCAGAACUUUCCACAUUUCCACUAUAUAACCCUAACCCUUCAUCCCCAAAUUCACUGCAAUUUGAAAUCAAACCAAAAUUGAACAAUUCCAAGCACAAUAUCCAAAAAUUUCUCAAUACUGAAAAUGGAUUUGAGGUUGCUGGGUAUCGAUAACACACCACUCUUCCACACUCUCCAGCAUAUGAUGGAAGCUGCCGGUGAAGAUUCCGACAAGUCGGUCAAUGCACCAUCAAGGAACUACGUUCGUGAUGCUAAGGCCAUGGCUGCUACACCAGCGGACGUGAAGGAGUAUCCUAAUUCGUAUGUUUUUGUUGUGGAUAUGCCAGGGUUGAAAUCUGGAGAUAUCAAAGUGCAGGUGGAAGAAGACAAUGUGCUGUUGAUUAGCGGAGAAAGGAAGAGGGAAGAAGAGAAAGAAGGGGCAAAGUUUAUUAGGAUGGAGAGAAGGGUUGGGAAAUUCAUGAGGAAGUUUAGUCUGCCGGAGAAUGCGAAUACUGAUGCGAUUUCUGCUGUUUGUCAAGAUGGAGUUCUGACUGUUACUGUUCAGAAAUUGCCUCCUCCUGAGCCAAAGAAACCAAAAACAAUUGAGGUGAAAGUUGCUUGAAAGUUAUGGACUCUGUUUUAAUGGUUGGUGGGG